GUUACUACCUGUGUGGCGUGCCUUUCACCAUCAGGACAGACCACGCUGCACUACAGUGGCUGAUGUCCUUCAGAGAUCCUGAAAGACAGGUGGCACGUUGGCUGGAGGAGCUCCAGUCAUUUAACUUCAGCAUGUUUUAUCAGGCCGGGGCGCUCUCCAGUCCCAGCGUCUCUGAAAGGGAACGCGCUUGGUUACAGACAUUACAGUACUAUAGUAACAUAAGUACAGUACUGAAACCAUACUUCAACUGUCAUGGCAAAAACAACAAAGAAAUGAUUGUUGUCAGCAGCGUUGUUUCCGUCUACGAUGACAAUAACGAACGUAUUUCGUCAACUAAAUUUAUUUUCAUGACAAUGACGUCAUGAUGACGUGCUGAAAACGUGUCUUGGGAGACUAAAACAUGACGAGAUGGAUGCCAGUUGUCAUCUUACGACACGAGAUGAAAAUUCACCAUAGAUUCCGUCAAAUUCACAAUGUGUGAUAUUUUCUCAAUGUAUGUGUAAUUACAACACAUUUAGCAGAGUUAGGUCGUGUCACUCAUUUGACGUGCUGUGCCUCCCCACCGCCCCCGCUUUCUCACUGGUUGAUGAGUAAGCCAGUGCCCAUUCCAGGCUCAUUUUGUGAAGCAUGUGUGUCAGGUGUUGCUCGGUAAGCUUUGCUUUAUCUUGACUAGAUAAGCCAUGUUGCUUUGGCCUUUAAAGGUCUGUGUUGAGUGAUCAUCACACACUAAACUAAGUUGUAGCGUUAGCAUUAGCUUUUAGCGCGGUGACUCGGUGUCUUCUUAAACUCUUGGAAAACAUUUUACAUAGAGUUCGUGGCUUUCAGGUGAGUUUAAUUAUUGCAAAUAAUGUGCUGUUUUCCUGCUGAGUGUGUAUUAUCCUCAUGAAAAUAGUGAUGUCCUUGUAGACUCUACAGUUCUGUGUUCAUCUGUCAUGUUCAUUCGAAAUUGUUGGAAACUUUUUAUUUUUUAUUCAUGGAGUAAAACUUUUUAAGUUUAUAGACGAAAAUAUUUUGAGAAUUAUCGAAAUUAAACUAGACAAAGACAAACAGAUUUUGAAAUGACUUAAAUAUGACUAAGACUAAUAAGUAUUUUCGUCCAAAAGACUAAGACGAAAAUUAAAAUGGCUGCCAAAAACAACACUGGUUGUCAGAUUGAAAGUCGGGAAAAAAACAGAACUGACUCAGAAAACUUUCUUGCUGCUAAGUGAUAGUGCUCAACACAGUUGCCAUAUGAAAGAAAGUGAUUUAAAUGCAGUCCUCAGCAAUUUGAAAGAGAAGGCUUCUAUUUUGUCGCUGUUUUACACUUCUUUUCCAAUGUCGUCCAGAUGUUGCAGGCGAGCUACUGUCAUGCAAGUGAACAUCUCUAAAGGAAUGAUACGUAAAGAAGAAAAACAGUCCACAAUUUUGCUACUGAAAGAAACAUAUGUGAAUGCCACGGUCUUGAAAUAUGCAGGCUAAGCUCAGUGGAUACUCGUUUGUGGCUGAAGCCUACAGGAAAUGGCUCUCCGAAAGCCAAUGACAACAAAGUGCCAGAACAGGGAAAGCAGGGUUCUCAUAGAGCUCACGGAGGGAGGAGGAGAAAGAGAGGGAGGUGGUAAGGGAAGAUAGAUGGGUUUCGAUAUUUUCCAAAAUAGUAGCAAGGGUAUACACCACCAAUGUGGUUGGGUGCUCGUUUUUUGAAAUCCUAGUCGUUUGUGGUCGGUAGUUUUGAACGUUAAGUCCCUGAAGAUGACCCUGGUGAUUUGAUCUCUUAAAUACCUCAAACCUCUGCCCCAAAAAAAUGGUGUUUUGGGUGUUCUGUCAUCAUUUGACAGCUCGGUUCAGACGAUUAAAGUUAAUGCCAUCACCAUGUAUUGGAUCGUGAGUUCAAUGUGGCGUAAAACUGCAUUUGGCAGCUGCAUUGUUUAAUCUGGACUUGGUCGAAAAUGACUAUCGUUACCACAUGUAAUAAUUGCAAACGAACACUUUUGUGUCGGGCACAUUUGUGAUGUCAAUUCAAGUCAUUGCUUUGGGGUUCAAAAUGCAUAUUUUCAGAUUUAUCUAUGUCAAGGAAAUUUGAGACUACAAUGAUGGGCUGUGCGGAGACAGACAUCAGUUUUUAGACGUGGUGUAAAUUACUGUGCAAUUUUCUGCAGGGGAGACAAUGGUGUUGUGGAGACUGGUGGUCAGGUGACCAAAGAAAUCCCGCCUCCUAUGCUAAUGAGGAGCAGUUGCUAAAUAAAAGCAGCUCAUGUUGAUGCUUGACAGUACUAAACAUUGCCUUCUUCCCGCUUUAGGAGCAGCCAUGCUUUUUUCCAUUUAAACCAUUUGUUUAUUUUCAGUUGGGAGUUUCUAGGAUGGCAUAAUGCUGAUCUCACCUUAAUCUAAUCCUACAAAAAAAACUGAUCCCAUUCAAGAUGUGCCACUGCACACUGUUCUUCUAGGCUUGUGCAUUUUUACCUUUUUGUAGAAAAACCUGACUAUGAUUUAAUACCUUUUUUUCCUAUGAAAGUCUGAGGUACCUGGCCUGCCACCGGGAAUGUCCAGAGCCACAAGAUCAGCCUCUCGGUCUCCGAGCCACUCGAGAUCUCGGUCCCGAUCGCGUUCCAGAUCAAGGUCCACCUCACUGUCUCGAAGGAGUAACUCACGAUCCCACUCUAGGAGACAUCGUUACAGCUCUAGGUCUCGGUCCCGAUCACGGUCCCGGUCAAGAUCUCAAUCUCCGCAUUACAACCGUGACAAGAAAUACCAGAACAGUCGUGAAUUCCGGGGCUACCAUCGCGGCUUCCGGAGGCCUUACAACUUCCGAGGGAGAGGGCGGGGCCACUUCUCACGUGGACGAUUCCAACGUGGUGGCGGUGGCAGAGGCUACAAUAACAAUAACAACAGUAAUUUCCGAAACAACUGGAAAAAUCACAAGCAGAACCCACAGAAGCAGCAAAAGCAGCAACACCAAAACCAGUCUCAAGGGCGAUCCCACGUCCAAAAAUUCUCCAGGAGCCCCCCUCCACCUGGGCACUCCCGCCAAUAUGAUCGAUCCCCUUCACCCUCAUUAAGGGAAUCUCAGCAUUCUAACGCUCCCUCUAAUGGCACUCCUCCAAAAGCCCCUUUGGUGGCAGGUCAGAGUUCUGACAAUGUGAAAGAGGAGCUCUUGGCCUCAAAAGAGGUCCAGAUGCAAGGGCCAGAAAGGGAGCAAACAAAAUCAGGACAAGCCCGAGAUGUGCAAAACAUCGGUGAAACUGAGGGGGGCUGGCAAGUCCUGACAGAAUGCAACGGCAGUCCAAAGAAAACCAGUCAAGAAAAUCUUGCUGUUAAUGUUCAGAAUGAUCAAAACUCAGAGCAGUCUGGUUCCUCACCCCAGAAGCUGAAUGACACCAGCAAUGGUGCCCCCGCUUGGCAGCCAGUGUGUAAUGCACCUGCUACUACAAAAAUGUGUUCACAAGAAGCACUGAAUCAAAUGCUUUGCAGCCUUGAUAUCUUUAAGAGUGAAGAAUAUUCAGAUGGAGACAAAACUGCGCUCUCCAUUGCUUUCAGAAAGUUUUUGAAGGAGCACAGUAAAAAAUCCAAACCGACUGGGGAAAACAGCCCAGAGGCAAACACUGUAGAUGACCACCAAGGUGUUUCUGAGCCACCUUUAAAGCGCUACAAAGAAGACCUGAAUGGCAAAGUUCCUUUAAACCAUUUGUUGAAGGAUUCGCCUUCUCUGUCUGAUGAGGCGGAGGAAAAGAUGCUCCUCAUGUCGAGAAACAAAGACAGGCAAAAUGGGGAUGUGAACAACUCAAAUCCAAGGGUUGUUAAUUCAGCCAGAGAGCCAUUUGAAGAGUGCUUUGACAGAUUGAAAAGCAUGGCCUCUUCACAGGAAGGUGAUGGCAAACCUGAGUCUUUGAGAGAAGAGCUGUACAUCCCUCAUAAAUUAGCUACAGUUACUCAGCAAGAAAUGGAGGGUACUUUUGAAGGUCUUGGUUGCAGACCCAGAAAAAUGUCUGAAUCUCCCUUAAUGCCGUCUCGCAUAGCACUGUUGAGGCGGAACUCUGACAGGGAGAUGUCUAUGAUGGGAGAGGACAUUCCGCUUUUGCAUUUGAGAAAACCUGAGACCAAGAUUAAUGUCAGAAUGGAUUUUCUUGGAGACAGCAUGAUAGGUACUUCAGAGAUCUUAGCUCAGGAGAGACAACUGUCCCAGGACCUGGUGCAAUCCUCAAAGAGGGGCCAGGAAUUUCGUUCCAUCUUUCAGCAUGUUCAGAUAGCCCCUAUGCAGAGAACUCCUGCCGAGCUGUUUGCUCAGCACAUUGUGGCCAUUCUGCACCACAUAAGAGCUCAGCACUUUUCACCAUCCCGAUUGACUCUUAACGAGAGAUUCACCUUAUACCAAAGACAAGCUGCAGAGAAGGAGAGCAUGAAGCCGAGAAAAAGCCCAGAGAUUCACAGGAGAAUUGAUGUAUCACCAAGUGCUUUUAAGAAACACUCUCAUAUUUUUGAGGCAAUGAAAAGCUCAGAGGAUGGCACUAACAAGGACACUGGGGAAAAAACAAAGGCUGACCCAAUGGACCUGCGCUUAGAUAUCGAACGGCGUAAGAAAUAUUCCAGCCGUGAAAGAGAUUACAACCAGGAUGGAGUUGACGAUUCCCCAGACACCAGUCAAGAGAGAUCUCAGGAAAAAUUCUCUAAGAGAUCAAAGACCAGCGAGAGCAAGGGCUCUCGCUCCAGGUCGUCGUCCUCAUCGUCGUCCUCAAAGUCCAACGUGGAUGAUACGCCCAAACCUGAAGUAAAAAAUGAAGGCUUUAAUAGGGCUCAGCUGGCUCCGACUGAAACAUCUACAGAGAAAGACACACCGUGGAGAGGAUUUCAAGUACGAUUUCGUGGAAGGGGCUGGAAGAGGGGCAGCGACCAGAGAGACAGCAAUCCAGACAUGGGAGUAGCACCCAAAAACCAGGACUGGGAUCAGGAAUGUGCCCUAAAGAGCAGAACUUACUACUUGCACGAUGACAGAGAUGGUGAGGCAGAUGACAGCAAGUGGUUGGACAACCAUGGAGACCGAGGAUCCGGCGAAGGCGGGUUCUCACGUGGUCAAGCGAGAUUUAUCAUACGUAAAACCAACGAUGGGAGGCCGAACAACAAUUGGGCCCAAGAUAAGUUCCUGGUCAACGGAGAGAAAAGCAGAAUGCUGGAUAACCAGAUGGAACGAAAACAGAGAGACAGAAAUGCUUGAGUAUUAACACCUCAAGAGACCAUUUUCUUAUAGGGUCCGAUUCGUAUCCACUGGAAUACUCUAAAAAUGCAAAUUCCAGGGGUUUUGAAUCUAAUUUCUUACAAAAUGUUACUUGACAGUCAUUACACAGAGGACUUCUGUUUCGCAUAACCUUCUUUUGUCAUGGCCAUGCUUUGCAGAAUGACUGUUGGAACUUUUUGAGUGGCAAUACUAAAAUUCACUUUUGUGCCCUUAAUAUUUAUCAUUGUUACACAUUUCAUGUUUUUUAUAGUUAUAGCUGUAUCACAUUGGAAUUUGGAGUUACUUCAGGACACUGUUAAUCUGAAUCUGACAAAGGGACCAAACUACAGGGUAAUCGAAAAGUCUGGUCGUCUAUCGGAUUCACAAUAGCUUAGCAUAGAGCUACCUUGACGUUAAUGACACUGUUCAUGUUUUGAAUUUCUGUUGUCAGAAAUUUAGCAAACUCGAAAACACUUAAAAUGUCUCAAAUUAGAUUUUGGUUUUUGUGUUCACCUGUGUUUAAGUAUUUUAAAACAAAAACAAAAAAAUGCAUCAUCGUGUUCUCAACAUUUUGAAGUCACAUUUUUACACUAGAAAAGAAUGUUUGUGCAUUUUUGUUUGCCAAAGUAUCUUAAAAACAAUUUGUUUACGUCUGUUUGUGUAUACGAAAAAGCUCUAGCGUCCGCAGUAUGCACAGGGUGCAUACAUGAGUGGUAUUUAUACAAACUGUUAAGAUUAUAAAAAGGUUGCAAUGAAUAGUCUACAUCAAGUUCAGCGAUGUGCAAAAACGACAUUAAAAAUAGUAUUUGUUUUCACCUGAUUUGCCUGUUUGUGAUAUGCUGGUGCUAACUGGCGCUAUUAAAAAAAUAUAUAUAUAUCGCUGUGUGUCACGGGUGUUUAUUGUGUUAUUAAAGACUGUUUUAUGAAAAACUGAUGAGAAUUCAGUUGAACCGAGUGUCUCUUAAUUGCCGUAGUCAUAAAUCAAUGCUUCCUAUCCAAAUAUGCACCAUGGCAACUAAAACUGUUGCGUUAGUGGAAAGGAACACAAUACUCAGGCUCUGACAUCCAUCAACAUAACAAUGGGUGAUGUCACAGCAAUUCCUUGUAGCUACAUCAUUUCACUUCAUGUAUGUGUAUUCAUGUUUCAGAUGCCGAUGACACAUGCUAAUUCUGUAUUGUGCCUACUGACUUGACAAGUCACACGGAAAGACAAAAAACUA